AUGGCGGCGUCUUUGAUGUCGUUUCCUUGUCGAGGCAUCGUCCUUGCAAUUGGCGUCAUCAGGCUCGGGAUGCUCCGGGGGAAACCUAGAUCUAGGUCUCCCGGAUCGGACGAUGAUGCCGUUCUUAGUAUCUCUUUCCCUCAUGGGGGCAUCGUUUUGGAGAAAGUGAUGGCUGGAGGUGACAAGAGGAGGAGCGAUGCUUCAUCAUACACACUGAUGGGCCGCCGCGAACGUUUUCCUCCACACACACACGUGGGCCCACUACUCUAUCCAUUUCUCUCUCCUUCCACCUCCCUCCUCCCACUCUCCUCGCUGCGGGAUGGAGGGGAGAAGCAAACAAGCGCCGACGACGAGGCGGGCUCCUCUGUACUGCCGGAGUCGCGACACGGAGGAGAUGAGGCGGGAGGCGGCGGGGAGGAGCUCCUCCGGGACCCAGCAUCGGGAUGUGGCGCGCCGGCGACGAGGCGGGCUGAUCUGUCCUUGCCAGAAUCGCGGCGCGACGGAGAUGAGACGGGCGGGUGGCGGCGAGAAGUUCCACGGGUGGUGCAGGGGUCGUAUCUGGCCGAAAUCGGGCUGAAGGCUGGGGACUUCCGGCGGGGGAGUUCCCUUCGUCUCCGUGUGAAGAGAGGAGGAGCUACAUCGGCGUCGUGCGGCGGUAUUCUCCUUCAUCACCGUCCACGAGGAGUACCCUUCGGCUCCGGCGGCGAUCCAAGAGACGGAAUCCAUGGCGGGUUGCAGCCGCUCGUGCCGCCUGCUCGUGAUGUCCAGACCAACUGGCUGCUGGCGCGCUUGGUGAUGCAGGUGCUCUUCUCGGAGCACGGCGAGCUCAAACGCCUCGACAACCUGGGUGCCUCCCUCUGCGGCGCCAGGAUCCCCUGCAGCCCGACGGCGCUGGACCUCCACUCCGGCAGCCGUAGCAGGACGUGAAGUCUUCAUGGCAAGAUUCUGCUGCACUGCACUGUGAGGCUGUUUGCUGCAUCUGCUAUUUCUUCAAGUCUAAUCUCAUUGCUGUUACGAAGGAAGAUGCCUGCUACGGCCGUGUUCGUAUCCUCGUUGAUCAGCUCCGGCUACGGCUUCGAUUCUGAGUGAGGAGGCCAGCAGGAAGUAUAUCACUCUGCUUUUUGUGAAUGCACUGAGCCAAUAUUCCAUUUUCCUGGCCGCCGAUCCUUCAGAUUCGGCCUUUCGACGGAAGAACAGGGGUACUACAUUUCCUUUUUCAUCUACUGUAGUUUUUCGGUGGCUCUUCUUUCAGUUAAAACUGAAUGCUAUACAUGUACAAUAUGCAUUUGACAACAGCAUUUCUUUCACUGAAGUGAAUACUCAUCAAGUAAACUGUCCAUGGGAAUUAAGUUUUGCCUUGUUU